UCUGAUGGCAGUGUGUUGCUGAGCAGCAGCCAGUCGUGUUUUUCCCCUCGCUGAGCUCACUCUCUCUCAUCCUCUGCUCCGGCUCUCAAACGCUCUGUUGCUCAGCGAACAGACCAGACCUCUCCUCUCCACUUCUUCUUCUCUUCUCCUACCCGUUAAGUCUGCUCUAUCCUCUUCUUUUAUCUGUUUCUUCCUCACAUUUCUUCUUCAUCCCUGUCUGCCCCCCUGCCCACUACCACCACCACCCGGGUGCCAGGGACAUUAGUGGGGGUCCCGGCGUGUCUUUUUGACUGUGUGUGUGUGUGUGCGUGUGUUUAUGUGAGAGUUUGCCGGUAGUGUUUUCAGCAUGGAAGCGGUGGCAUUGUACACGUUUCGUGCCACAGAGGGUGAUGAGCUCAGUUUCAACAAGGGAGACUUGCUCAAGAUCACCAACAUGGAGGAUGAUCCUAACUGGUACACGGCCGAACUCCACAACCGGAAAGGGUUCGUGCCGAAAAACUACAUCAACCUGCGUCCACACGCCUGGUUCGCCGGUCGCAUAUCUCGCGGCGUGGCAGAAAGUCGACUCAGACACAGAGAGUGCGGCGCCUUCCUGGUCAGAGAGAGCGAGAGUGCUCCUGGGGAGUUUUCCAUGUCUGUCAGUUAUGGAGAUCAUGUUCAGCAUUUCAAGGUACUGCAGGAUCGCUGUAGUCAGUACUACGUGUGGGACGAGGCGUUCUCCUCUCUGAACGAGCUGGUGGACUUCUACCAUAGCAACAGCAUCGCCAAGGAGAGGACGGUCUUUCUGAGAGACCCCGAGCACUUCGCCAGGCGUUCCCAUCACGCCCAAGCUGUCUUCGACUUCACCCCGCACCACCCGUCCCAGCUACGCUUCCUGCGUGGUGAUGUCAUUGAACUCAUUGACUGCUCUGAUUCGGUGCGCUGGAGGGGCCGUUGCCAUGGACGCGUGGGCUACUUCCCUCCAGAGUACGUCCAGCCCAUUUAUCACUGCCAGUGACCUGACUUCGUGUCAAACAAGCGCACGGCCAUUCCUUCGGGUUCACCGACGAGGCAUCCUGAAAGACACUCACGCUGCUCCCCCGCUCUGCACUCGCCCGUCAACUUCCUGGAGCAAACGACGGAGCUACCACCGAACGACCCGUUCCCUAAACUGACUCCUCCUCCCCCCUGUGAUGUCGCCCUUCAAAUAAGCCUUUGCUACAGGCUCAUCUGAUCAUCUGAUCCCGAAGACUCCACUUUCUCCUCCGAUCCAGACAUGGACCUAUACACUGUGGAGAACUCUCACAUAUAUUCAAAGUCAUACAUAUUCCCAGUUAUAAUCAUUUAUUACAGCUUACCAGCUCUAGUGCGGCCUAAAUAAAAGUAACACACAUAAACACUAAACUGAGGGGAAAAGUGUGUGGCCCGUGAAAACGUCUGAAAGAAGAGCAGGCUUGCUCUCUGGCUCAUUUACUCCAGUAUUUUGCCAUCCUUUUCACCGGGAGCUGGGCAGAAAGACACAGAAAGUCAUUGUGAGUGUGAACACUUAGAGGAUACUGACACAGCAGAUUCCUCUCUCACUGAGCUGGAGUGUGUGUGUGUGUGUGUGUGAGUGUGUGUGUGUGUGUGAGUGUGUGUGUGAGUGUGGGUCUGCACAGAUGUAAAGCUGCAGUCUUUACAUACAUAUAUGCUUGUUGCGUGAAGAUGAGAGGGAGUGAGAACGAGUGCCUGUACGAGUUAGUGUUGAUUGUAUCUGUGUGCGCGUAUAUAUAUGUGUGUGUGUGCAUGUGUGUGUGUGUGUGUGCAUGUGUGUGUGUGUGUGAGUGUGCUCAGUGGACCAGUGAAAGGAGUUACUGUGUUACAGUGUGACAGUAAGACGAACACUGCCCAGACAUCGCUUUGUUAAUACAAAAAAGAAAAAAGCGCUGCUUAAAAUGUAACAUGCUCAACUCAAUUUACUGAUCAUUUGUUUGUUCUUGAGUAUUUAUUCUUAUCCAUGUGUGAUCUUAAAGUACAUAUACUGCAAGUGAAUUUAAACAUCGUAUUAAAGUUUUGCUUCUGUUGAAACUGUUGCAGUUGCUUAAGAGGAACAAACCUAAUGUGACUGACGGCAAGAACUUGGAUCGGUCUUCCUUAUCCUGUAACGAAAUCAUUGAAAUAAAGUGAUACAUUUACAUCUUUGA